AAUUCGUCUGGAAUUGCAGUCUCCAAGCUACCGCUGCUGCGCGUGUAGAUAUUCUUCCAUCUUGCCAGCACCUUCUACGAUGCGUCCCUCGCUGCUGGUGCUGACGGUGGCGCUGCUGCUGCCGGCGCGCGCCGACCGCUACCACCCGGAGCGCGCCGCGCGGCCCGCCGCCGCCGCCGCCGGGAGCUCGCGCGCCGCCACGCCGGACGCGGCAGAACGUGCCGCGGCCUACUGGUACUCGGAGGCGUUCGCCGCCAUCGACGAGCGACUGACGGAACCCACUUAUGACGACGUGGCGAAAAACGUGGUCAUGUUCCUGGGUGAUGGGCUGUCAGUGCCUACGCUGGCGCCGGCGCGCACGCUGCGCGGCCAACUCGCCGGCCGCACCGGUGAAGAGGAGCGCCUCGUUUUUGAGCGCUUUCCUGUUACCGGACUCGCCAAGACUUACUGCCUAGACGCGCAAAUCCCCGACUCCGCGUGCACGGCGACGGCGUACCUGUGCGGCGUAAAGGUGAACCGCGGCACCCUCGGCGUGAACGGGAACGUGCCGCGCUGGGACUGCCCCGCCUCCGCGGACACCGCCACGCACCUCGAGUCCAUCGCCGCCUGGGCACUCGCCGACGGCCGCAGCGCCGGAAUCGUAACGUCGACGCGCAUCACGCACGCAUCCCCGGCCGGAGCGUACGCGCGCUCUGCCGACCGCGACUGGGAGAAUGACGGCGAGGUCCGCGCCGCCGGGCACGACCCCGCGCAGUGCCCAGACAUCGCCGAUCAGCUUAUCAACUCGUACCCUGGGAACCAGUUUAAAGUAAUCCUGGGUGGUGGACGACGCGAGUUUCGCCCGAACACAACCAGGGACGAGGAGAACGCUUUGGGUCGCCGCUGGGACGGACGCGAUUUGAUCGAGGAGUGGCGCGCGCAGCGCGAGGAGGCCGGAGAGUCACACGCGUACGCCUGGAACCGCACCCAGCUGCUCGACGCCAUCGCCAAGCCGCCCGACUACCUGCUAGGACUGUUUGAGGACACACACUUACGAUACGAGGCGGAAGUACGAGAGGCGAACUUAGAUAAACCCACGCUAGCCGAGCUCACGGAAGCCGCCAUUAGUGUCCUAUCCAAAAACCCUCGCGGCUUCUUCUUGUUCAUUGAAGGUGGACGUAUCGACCACGCGCAUCAUGACACUUGGCCGGCGCUGGCCCUGUACGAGACGCUCGCCCUCGAUGAGGCGGUGGCGCGCGCCGACUCGCUGUUGCCGCCCGCCAGCUCGCUGCUCGUGCUCACUGCUGACCACUCGCACGCUAUGGCAUUCAACGGCUACUCGCGUCGCGGCAACAACAUCCUCGGCGUCUCCGAGCGCGUCGACGACGACGGCGUGCCCUACAUGACGCUCUCCUACACCAACGGACCCGGCUACCGCGACCAAGUCGAUGGCAAACGCGUUGACGUCACGCACGAUUCUAACUUCCAAGCCUUACGCUGGCGGACGCACACGGACGUUCCACUGGAGUUGGAGACGCACGGCGGCGACGACGUGGCGGUGUUCGCGCGCGGGCCGGCGCAGGCGCUGUUCACGGGGCUGUACGAGCAGAGCCAGCUGCCGCACCUCAUGGCGCACGCGGCGUGCCUGGGCCCGGCCGCCAAGCGCCGCGACGCCUGCAACGGCUCCGUCAUGCUCUCAGCUUCUGUCCUCGCGGUACUACUUUCCGUAGUCGCCGCGCUCUUGCAUUAG